GGGUUAGGAGUGCCACACCGUCUCUACACGACUCCGAUGAUGUCUCUGUCGUCGGGCAGCGUGGCGACACACCUGCGCAUCCUGCGGCGCUGCGGCUACUGCCGGCUGGCUGGCGGCGCGCGCGUCGCCCGCCUCGGCUCGCUGCACGCGCUCUACCGCGGCUUCACGCUCGCACUCACUACUCUCUAUCUGCUACAAGAAUGCAUCUAUGCCUAUCAGGUGCGACAGGACAUGGACAAGUUGGCUCGGGUGAUGUUCUUAUUGCUGUGCCACAUCACGUCCAUAGCGAAGCAGCUCGUCUUCCAUCUGAAAGCGGAUAGGAUAGACGAAAUGCUCGGGGGCUUGAACGAGCCGCUGUAUAACCAGAGCGCGGCGGUGCACCAGCGACUACUGCGCGUGACAGCAGCGCGCGCGGCGCGGUUCGUGCGCGCAUACGCGGGCUGCGCGGUCGUCACGUGCACGCUGUGGAUCACGUUCCCCGUCAUGUACCACCUGCAGGGCCAGCUCGUCGAGUUUCCUUUUUGGAUUAACGUUGACUACAAUCAGUCAAAAAUGUUCAUCUUGGUGCUGGCGUACUCGUAUUAUGUGACUACGUUAGUCGGCAUCGCGAAUACGACGAUGGAUGCGUUCAUGGCCACCGUGCUCAACCAGUGCAAGACCCAGCUGAGAAUAUUGCGAAUUAACUUUGAAUGCCUACCUUUGCAAGCGGUGGAGGUGCUGAAGACGAGUCCCGGUCAGAGUUACGAUGCUGUUCUCAUGAAACUGUUCAAAGAGUGUCUGCUGCACUAUGAAAAGAUUACCAAAACUGCAAAGAUGCUACAAGACAUUUUCGGUACAGCCAUAUUGAUUCAAUUCGGCAUCGGCGGCUGGAUCCUAUGCAUGGCUGCGUACAAGAUCGUCACGUUGAACGUGCUGAGCGUGGAGUUCGCGUCGAUGACUCUGUUUAUCAGCUGCAUCCUGACGGAGCUGUUCCUCUACUGCUACUAUGGCAACGAAGUCACUGACGAGAGCUCGCGCGUGUCGGAGUCGCUGUACAGCAUGGAGUGGGCGCGCGCGGGGCUGUCGUUCCGGCGCUCACUGGUGCUGGUGAUGGAGCGCGCUAAGCGCCCGCUGCGCCCCGCCGCCGGCCGGGUCAUCCCGCUCUCACUCGACACGUUUGUCAAGAUAAUAAAGUCAUCGUAUACUUUCUACGCAGUACUGCGCCAGACGAAGUAGAUCGAAUCAACGACUCGCGACGUCAUCACUAGACUAUCCAACUAUUAGAUGAGCUUUACAUGUAAUCAGCCU